UUGCUGCUAUUUAAGUCGAAGAUUAAAUCAGCUAUCAAGCCACGAUCCGUUGUGGAAAAGACACUGCAAGAAAUACUGGCUCAUUUCAGAAGAGGAAAAAAGCCAACGAAAUCAGAGCUGGAAAGCCAUUUUCAUCAGUACCUACUCUGAUUUAGGAAGAUACAUCCGAUACUAUGCUACCUUGAAAAAAGCCUGGGAUGACCUAGAGAAAUACUUGGGACAGCGGUGUCCUCGGAUGAUUGGUUCUUUGAAAGAGAGUGUGCGGGAGGAAGAUCUAGAUGCUGUGGAAGCACAAAUAGGUUGCAAACUCCCUGAUGACUAUCGAUGCUCAUUUCGUAUUCAUAAUGGACAGAAGCUAGUUGUUCCUGGUUUGAUGGGAAGCAUGGCGCUGUCAAACCACUACCGCUCUGAAGACUUGUUGGAUAUUGACACAGCGGCUGGAGGUUUUCAGCAGAGGCUAGGUCUGAAGCAAUGCCUUCCUCUUACUUUUUGCAUUCAUACUGGCUUGAGUCAAUACAUGGCCCUGGAGAGUGUGGAGGGACGAAAUAAAUACGAGAUCUUCUAUCAAUGUCCAGACCAAAUGGCUCGCAAUCCAUCUGCUAUUGAUAUGUUCAUUACAGGUACAUCUUACUUGGAAUGGUUUACAUCCUACGUAAACAAAGUUGUAACUGGUGGUUAUCCUAUCAUCAGAGACCAGAUUUUCAGGUAUGUGCAUGAUAAAGAAUGUGUUGCUACCACGGGAGACAUUACUGUUUCUGUGUCCACAUCUUUUCUACCUGAACUCAGUUCUGUACAUCCACCGCAUUAUUUCUUCACUUACAGAAUCAGAAUUGAAAUGUCCAAAGAUGCUCUUCCUGAGAAGGCUUGUCAGCUGGACAGUCGAUACUGGAGAAUAACAAAUGCCAAAGGUGAUGUAGAAGAAGUUCAGGGUCCUGGGGUAGUUGGGGAGUUUCCGAUCAUCAGUCCAGGGAGAGUCUAUGAGUAUACCAGCUGUACUACGUUUUCCACAACAUCUGGCUAUAUGGAGGGGUAUUACACCUUCCACUGCCUCUACUACAAGGACAAAUUCUUUAAUGUCACAAUUCCUAGAUUUCAUAUGGUGUGUCCAACAUUCAAGGUGUCUACAGCACGAAUGGAAACAAAUCAUAAUGAAUAUGCAGUGGAUGAAGACGAAGAUUCCACAGACACUGAUGAAUAUGAAGAUCGACGUAGAGUGUUGGACAUUCCUGCACCUUCUGGACGCUGCCCACGUCAUACCUGAUGGGAUUUUUUUCAAAACAAACUGUUUUCAGAAGCUGAACUCUUUGGGGCUAGUGCAUAAGAAUAUUUCUGACUAUUGUAAAUGAACUUUCUGUUGCACAUCAGGGCAACAAGCAUGAAUGUUGGUGCCAGUUCUAAUAUUCAUCAGAGUAUAGUUUGUUUUUUUCCUGGAGUAUGGCGGCAGGUUGCGGUGGGGGGCAGAGGGAGGGAGAGGAAGAGAAAGGUGUUUGGGCUUUGUUCACUUUUUUCUGAAGUGUGAAACAGCUUGAUAGUCCGAGGUAAUGAUAUCUUACAUUUUUAAACUAUUGCCUAUUUAUGAUCAUAUUGCAAAUAUGGUGUGGGGAGUUGUUUUUAUACAAGCAUUUAAAAUUAGCAAUAGACAGGAUGGCAAAAAAGGUGU